AGCAGAGGGAGAAGCCAUCGCUAACUGUAAAGCUAAUGUAGCUACCCAGGUUAGUAGGCUAACGUGCAAACAGCAGCUAAGAGAUUAGCAGGGAAGUCGUAAAAAGGAGGAGAGCUAUAAGUGCUUAAACAGAACCAGUGUGGGUUAAAACUUGAAGUAGACGUUAAAGCAACUGAAGUGAGAAAGCAGAAAGCAGGCUAGUAGAAUUCACUAGAGCAGUACAGAGACGCUGUCACAGAAACACCGGAAAUGACACAACUCGCUUACCGCAAUACGUCAGCACGUCAGGAGCUGCAUGCAAAUGAGACCAUCAGUGUGAAGAUAAGCUAUUUCUAUAUGGUGUAUAUCCAUACCUUUAGGAAACUGUGUCCAGGUCCGCCACAGGUCGCUUCCAGGACAAAACGAUUUAUGGCACUCAGACGGCACACGUCAUCUAACCUAGCUGCUUACAUUUAUAGUGACUCUAAUAAAUAGUCGCUGUUCCUCCUCCUUGACCGGACGUCCGCGGGGAGUUAAGAUAGCAGCAAUCACCGGGUAAAAGUUGUGUGAAAGCACUGGACUCACCAACAGUCAGCCAUGUCUCAGUCACACAGAGAAAAUCCAAUCCUCGGGAAGGCAGGAAAUCCUUCAGGAUAAACGUUUUGUUCGCUAGCGAUCUAGCAUUUACCAGCCCAAUCCUGGCAGGAGCUGGCGGGUCCACGGCGUUAGCUGUCCGGGGAGCCACACACAGAGGCCGCAGGUUGCGCAGAUUCACCCCGCGCCAGCGGGGACGAGGAGAGCAGGGGCCGCGGGGCUGGAACACCUCAUCCAGGCUGACGACAGGUACCAGCCAGGCGUCGACAGGGUCCAGCGAGUGCCGAGAAAUAAAGAGGGAUCUGGUGAAGAAUGGAGUGGUAUGUCCUGGUGCUGAUGCUGAGCUUGCCGCCCUCCAUCCGUGCAGAUUGCUCUGCACAGUGUCAGAAAUGCGUGCAGCAGAUCCUCAGCCCUGACGCCGUCUUCAGCAGCCUGCCCUGCAGCGCGGAGUGUGAGGGGCAGCUGGAGAGCUGCGACCAGGCUCCGCGGCUGGCGGACUUCAGCCAGGAUGAAGCUGCAGAGGAGGAGGAGAGCCAGCAGGCUGACCUGGUCAAACGCUAUGGCGGCUUCAUUAAGAGAAUUGACAAAAACAAGAACAAAAUCUUCGCCACUCCGUGGCGCGACAAUUACAUUCUGAAGGCCGGAGCCCUGUCCAAGAAAUACGAGGACUUGCUGAAGAGGCUGGAGGAGAGAGAUGUAGACGCGCCACAGGACGCGGGCGAUUCUCCGGAGGACCAGAUGCUCCGUAGUUACGUUAAACGUUACGGCGGCUUUUUACGCAAAUUCGGCCCCAAGUCAAAGAGGAGUAGUUCAGCGGAGCAGGACAGUCAAGAGCCAGAGGAGCUGCAGAAGCGCUAUGGAGGCUUCAUGAGGAGGAUCCGACCAAAGUUGAACAACCUCAAGUGGGACAAGCGUUACGGGGGCUUUCUGCGCCGCCACUUCAAAAUCUCUGUGCGCUCAGUGGAGGAGCCAUAUUACUCCUAUGAUGACUUGAGCCUAUAGAUGAACCUGCGGGGGAAAAAAGAAAAAGUACAAAGAACUUGUGCAGGUUCACUUGAAAUGCCAACAUUUAUCCAAAAAGUAUAAUAUGCCUGCCUAUAUUGCUUCUAACUCGGUUGCCUUCUGUGUAACAACUCUCAUCUGUCUUAUUGACAUCAUCGUCUGUUAUUCAAUAAAUGAUGCUUGUUUAAUAAAACCAUGAAUAAAACCACUUUACUGUU